AUUUUAUCCUGAUAAUUUUAUCGCAUAGAAUUAUUGCAGUUUUAUGUAACGGAACUGUCACUUACUUCUCAGUAUCCAUGAAAAUCAAGAAUCAAAUACUUUGAGUAAAAUGGUUCAAGAAGUAUGGCUGGAUGAAUAAUACAGACUUCAAGAUGUUUUGUUUUCUAUUUCGGUGAGCACGUUCCUUUUCAAUGCACUGACCCGGGCAGAUUGCGAAAUCUGUCAGUGCUGACCGCUGGCAGUUGGCACUCUCGCCCUCACCAUGAACUCAACCGGUAAGGGUCAGCGGCUGCUGCCCUUCGGCAACACGUACCGGGCACGCUCCUCAUGCACCAGCAUAUCGGAGGAGCGCUCCUCCGAGCCGGAGGACCCGGAGGACGAUGCCGAGCAGCCGGCCGCCAGCGCUCCGGAGCCAGUGACCGCUCUGGCUCCUCGCCGAACCCGGCGCGCCUCCUGUGCCGUCGACUGGCGCUACCAAAACCACCGGACGUCACGGGUGCGGGCCGAGUCGCCCUCCGACCCGCUGCCCUCCAUGCCGCACAAACGACAGAGCCUGGACGCCCUCUCCAGUGAGCGCCGCUUCGAUGGCCGGCGGGCCCGCGGUCUCUCCGUGCAGAUUGAUGGGGGAGCGCGCUCCCGACUCGGCCAGCGACGCGAGACGCUGAAGUGGGCCGGUGUGCGGGUCAGUAUUGACGAGGACUCAGGGAAAGUAGAGAAUGAGAAUGUCAGUGUCGACCUCGACCCGCUGAAGAACAUCGGCAAAGAGGUUUUAUCGCUGGGAGCGGACGUACUUCCCGAGUACAAGUUGCAGUCGCCGCGCAUUCACAAGUGGACUAUUCUGCACUACUCGCCGUUCAAGGCGGUCUGGGACUGGAUCGUGCUGCUUCUGGUCAUCUACACGGCCAUGUUCACACCGUACGUGGCCGCCUUCAUGCUCAGCGAGCCCAACCACGCUGAGAAGGUCCAGUACGGCGAUGAUCCCAUCGAGAUCCUCGAUCUGAUAGUCGAUAUCAUGUUCAUCAUAGAUAUUCUGAUCAACUUCCGCACGACAUAUGUCAACAAGAAUGACGAAGUGGUGUCGCAUCCGGGCAAAAUUGCCGUGCACUACUUCAAAGGCUGGUUUAUCAUUGACGUGGUGGCGGCAAUUCCUUUCGAUAUUCUGCUUCUUGGAACAAAAACCGACGAGUCUACCACCACACUGAUCGGCCUGCUGAAGACGGCCCGACUGCUGCGGCUGGUGCGAGUCGCCAGGAAGAUUGACCGCUACUCCGAGUACGGCGCCGGCUUCCUGCUGCUGCUGAUGGCCACGUUUGCCCUGGUCGCCCACUGGCUCGCUUGUAUCUGGUACGCCAUCGGAUUCGCAGAGAUGUCGAAUCCCACAGGGUGGCUGCACCGGCUGGGUGAGGAGCUGAACGUGCCUUACGAAAACGGCGGCUCAGGACCCUCCAUCAAGAGUCGGUACGUCACAGCGCUCUACUUUACGUUUACUGCCAUCACGUCUGUGGGGUUUGGCAACGUGGCGCCAAACACAGACGCAGAGAAAAUAUUCACCAUAUGCACAAUGCUAAUUGGCUCGCUGAUGUACGCCAGUAUAUUCGGUAACGUCUCGGCGAUCAUCCAGCGACUCUACUCGAGUACCACGCGUUACCACACCCAGAUGCUGAGGGUGAAGGAGUUCGUGCGAUUCCAUCAGAUCCCGAAUCCGCUCCGGCAGCGACUCGAGGAGUACUUCCAGCACGCCUGGACGUACACAAACGGCAUCGAUAUGAACAGUGUGCUGAAGGGGUUUCCCGAGUGUCUUCAGGCGGACAUCUGUCUGCACCUGAACAGGACGCUGCUCGAGGCCUGCAAGGCGUUCCAGGGAGCCAGUCCCGGCUGCCUUAGGGCGUUGUCGAUGAAGAUGAAGACCACGCACGCGCCACCGGGCGACACGCUGGUUCACCGGGGCGACGUGCUACCGUGUCUGCACUUUGUCUCCCGUGGCUCCAUUGAAAUACUCAAACAUGAUAUUGUGAUGGCCAUACUGGGGAAAGAGGACAUAUUUGGUGAGAACCCUUUGAAGUAUCCUACAGUGGGCAAGAGCUCCUGUAAUGUGCGUGCCUUAACUUACUGUGAUCUGCACAAGAUAUACCGGGAUGAUCUGCUGGAUGUGUUGGAGAUGUACCCCGAGUUCAAGGAGUCCUUCAGCCAAAACCUGGAGAUCACCUUCAACCUCAGAGAUGAGGAGUGUGCCGGCGUGGAUCCGGCGGUACUCAGUAGGCGGGGCCUGUACGCCUCUGACUCUGUGAAUGACUCGGACGUCAAGAGUCGGGCGUACCAGCGGCCGCGGCGGCGAGGGUUCGGGCCUAGCGCCACUGAGGAGGAGGCCGGUGAGGGUCUGCUGGACGGUGGCGAUGAGAGUGGUACGGGUAUCCUGGAGUUCUCGCCAGACAAGGCUGGUCAGGACGUGACGCCGCUCAACCUCGACUUCGGAGAGCGCGAGCAGCGGGAAAAGGAGAAACAGCACAUGAACUCAAUAGCCGGAGUGUUCUCCAACAUCAAACGGUCGAUCACAGACCUGCGAUUGUUGAGAAGUGAACGGCACGAGCUAGAGCCGCAGCCAGGGUCGCUAGUGCAGCGGCGGCACUCGGAGAUCCCCAGUCGCUCGUCGUGGCUGUCUCGGCGCGAGCCGGAGCCGGCAGCGGCGGCGGCAGCGGCGGCAGAGACCGUCAGCAGCGCAGCCGUCAACGCGCGGAUAGACGACUUGAGCAGACAAGUGCAGCGGCUAGAUGACCGGCUGCACGAGACGCUGGAGACCAUCGUCGGUCUGCUGCGGGACCGGGACCGGGACCGGGGGUGUACGGACCGGCUUCAGGUCACCGACGAGAGACGGUCCCCCUUCAGAGUACCUGACUCACUACAAAGGCGCCAGCCGUCUAUUUCGCCGUCGGAUAACGGCGGGGGCGGCGGAAGCGGGGGCGGCGACCCGUGGCAGCCGGCGAUGCCUUCCUCCCUGCCGAGCGAUGCGCCGGCCGGCGGACGGCCACCGCCGCCUCGCAGCCACUCGCAGCCGGUGGAUCUGACCCAGUUCCCCCCUCAGCGGUCCAGCUGGGGUCGGCAAUCGUCCCUGUCCCCGGCCGCCGAGCCGACCGGGUCGACGGGCUCGGCGCACCACCGGACGGCCGCCACCGCACUCCAGGUAGAGGAGGCGUGUGGCGCCGGCGCAGUCGGCCGACCAGGCCGAGAACAGCUCGUGACCGACAGUGGUGACACGCCGCGAUCGUGAAUAACGAGCCGUCCGUCAACCGUGAGUCUCGCUCGUCAGACGUCUAGUGCUCAGCGCGCCUGUCUGGCGGACCCGGCGGCGGCUCGGUGACCUCUGGUGACCUCGAGUGACCUCAGGGGACGGCUGGGCGCCGAGGUGCGGCCGGGCUCGGUCGCGCGGCGCACGCAGUCAGCUGGCGCGACCUGUCAGCCCGAGACCGCCUCACCGGCCAGAACCACCGGCCCGGCGAUCACACGGCCUCAGCGGCUCGGCUGCAUCGGCUCCACUCAUCUCGGCAGUCAGCUGGUGGUCGGACAGCUUCGGACAGCCCCUGUGCUACGGUCUGCAGGUGGCGCCACCAGGGGGUGUGCAGAGGUCGCCGGUGACGCGUUGUAGAUGGCGCUGGCUGCGUUGGAGCGCUCAGAGAGGUAGUGGCCACUGGCCAUGACACCUGGCCACGCGGCCUUCUCGUGUGCGACGGUGAAAGGAGCGGGCGUGAAGUGUCAGUGCGUCGUGGCCAAUUCGGCGUGCGAAGACAGAGGAGGUUCGCGUAGCUCGGAGUCGCGUGUCGAGAUCGGGUAGAGCAGGAGAGGAGUACCGUCGGAAAGAGUGAGCGUCCGGCUGCCAGCGGCCGCGGAGCCGUGCCGUGAGGCGGUGUCAUGACUCAGGAAUCUGUCUAUAUCAGGGCGCGCCGCCGGGCCGCCGGGCCGGCCAGCUGACCGGCGAGCGCCGCGCCCGGCCACGUCUCGUAGCCUACAGCAGUGCACAAACACUCCCACCACUUCUAUAUUCCUCUUCUUGUCACUCUUACCUUCUAUAAUAUCGCGGCUUAGAGGGCGAUGCGUCGUAUCGAGUGCACCCUCGACCGACAGCCGUCAAAAGCUGUAGAAACGCUUACUUACUCGUUCACUACGUCCUCGGGACGGGUCGGGACCGCGCCGCCAGUCUCCCUCUAUUUCUCGGCGCGGCAGGCCCGGUCGAGAUGGCUUGGUGAACACCGUCCGUAUUCAAUAUUCAUGCGAUCACCCAUCAUCGGUCCGAGUAGCGAACCGUUCGCCGAUUCCACGAUUGUCACGGCUGCUAGUGGGUUGUAUUUCGCCGGCUUCCGUGCAGGUGCUUGGUCAUCGUUGCCCAUCUCAGUUGUCAUAUAGGUUUGUGUGUUAUCCUUGAAGUGUUCCUUGUGCCUGUUGAUUUGGUUGUUCUCCACCAAUGGAUGCGUGCUUGUUACUCCCAAGUUCUUCCGAAUUCCUUCCUUUACCGCUCUGAUCUAACCAUCGCAAGGAUUUAUACCCUGUUGAUUAGUCGUUACCCUUUUGAACCUCUCUGAAACCUUUCGUUAUCAUGGGCUUAAACCACGCUCUGCCCGCCACCAUCCCUUGACCCUGCCCGACUUUUCCCCUGGCGUUUUCUCUCUCUCUCUCUCAGCCUGUUGUCUGUCCGUCUGGCGGCUGGUGCUGCCCUGGUGGCGCUGUAGCCCCCACCCCUCCGCCCCAGCCCGUACGGCGGGGUGUAUGUGAUAUGGCGAGGUCCGUAUUCUCAUUCCAGGCGCGACGAGCCAUCGCGCUCCGCCGCUCAGUAGUGUGCAACUAUACACGAUACGCAGGUUUAUAUUAUACGCCAGCGGGCGCGGCGGCUAGUUAAGCGUAGCGCGCCGGGCUGGCCGCGAGGGAUAUCUGCCUUGCUCGGGCCCGCGGACUGGCGGCUGCCCGUCCGCUGCGCCGGAUCGGCAGCACGCCGUAAGAUCUGACUCGGGGUGUGCGGGCCGCCACCGCCGCUCGCGCGCCGUGCAGCCUCACCUCGAGAAUGCCUGCCUUUAGCACGCAAUCAAAAUGCUACCGGCACCGUUCAGCGAUCGACCCCAUUUGGCCCCCGGACGCGCGCGCGAGCCGCUCUGUCCGGGCCCCGCCUGCAGAUCACCCGCUCCGCUCGCUCCGUCUGUUUGAGUCUCCAGAGUCGCGCCCGAACCUCGGACAGGCCAGUCUCGGAUGGGAAAUCAAAACGGGAAACUGCCUUACGCCCAUUUCGUGGCCGGGCAUGCCCCGACCCUCCCGUUUGUUGCUGUUAUGCGUUUCCCUGAAUUUUACGUUUUGUUAUGCUGUUGGUAGUUGUUUCGUGGCUUUCCUCUAUGUGUCUGACCUGGCGCGCAGGAGGGAGGUAUUUUAUACAACCGACGCGUCGUUGCCAGCGCUGGCGGGCCGGUCACGGAACGUCCGGUCCGACAUCGGACCUCGGCUGCCCACCUCAGCCGCCCCACCUGACCGGAGUUCCUGUCGCACGCGCCCGCCACUCACAGCCGGAGCGCCGGCGCGGCGUCCGUUUGGAUAGGUUGCCCGUUUGGUUUGUGGUCGUUGCUCUCUGCCCCUCUCUGUCUCUGUCUCUCUCUUGGCGCGCGGGUGACUCUAGGGCGUCCCGUGGCCGCCGAGUGCGCCGCGGUGUGAGGUGGUGGCCACUGCAGAGAGCGAGCGAGCGAGCCAGCGAGCGCGAGAGAGCGAGAGAGCGAGCGUGUGUGCGCAUUGUGCGGCGAGCGGCGCCGCCUCCGGCCCCCGCCGGCACCCAGGGCCGACUGGCUCACACAAUACGGCGCUAUUUUAAGCGAGAUUACUAAAUGAGACAUCACUGUAAUAAACGUUCAAACUGCAAUAAGGAAUA